CCGGCGAGUUCUGACAUUUUGUUAUUCUCGUUCUUUUCUUCUUUCAGUAUUAUUUAUCUAUGGCAGUGAACGGACUGAUUGUUAUUAACGUACGAAAGUGACUUUUUUUCGGUUUAUUUUAUUCGAAUCAUGGCCGACACGGACGCAAAAGAUCGAUACGAUCCCGAACUGAAAUAUUUGUGUGUGGAUAGGAACAAUUACAACGACCCUGCCACCCAGGCGGAAUGGACCCAAAAGAGGCUGGUGUGGAUGCCCCACGAGUCCCAGGGCUUCGUGGCUGCCUCCAUCAAGGGCGAAAAGGGAGACGAGGUCGAGGUGGAAUUGAUGGACUCGGGCAAAAGAACCACGGUGGCCAGGGACGACAUCCAAAAGAUGAACCCGCCGAAGUUCGACAAAGUGGAAGACAUGGCCGAGUUGACUUGCCUCAACGAGGCCUGUGUUCUGCACAAUCUCAAGGAUCGGUACUAUUCCGGACUGAUUUACACAUACUCCGGCCUCUUCUGCGUCGUGGUCAACCCCUACAAGAAACUGCCUAUCUACACAGAAAAAAUCAUGGAAAGGUACAAAGGUAUCAAGCGACAUGAGGUUCCGCCACACGUUUUUGCCAUUACAGAUACAGCAUACAGAUCUAUGUUACAAGAAAGAGAAGACCAAUCGAUCCUUUGUACCGGCGAAUCGGGUGCAGGAAAAACAGAGAACACCAAAAAAGUUAUUCAGUAUUUGGCGUAUGUGGCAGCUUCAAAAUCUCCUAAAGGAUCUGGAGCGCAAAAAGAUCUUAUCGGUGGUUUGGAACAGCAACUGUUACAGGCCAAUCCGAUCCUGGAAGCCUUCGGAAAUGCCAAAACGAUAAAGAAUGAUAAUUCUUCCAGAUUCGGAAAAUUUAUCAGAAUCAACUUCGACGCCUCUGGCUACAUUGCUGGUGCUAACAUAGAGACUUACCUACUAGAAAAAUCGCGUGCCAUAAGACAAGCUAAGUCCGAGAGGACUUUCCACAUUUUUUACCAACUUUUAGCAGGAGCUUCUGCUGAACAAAAAAAAGAAUUUAUCCUCGAAGAUUCGAGAUCCUACAACUUCUACCGCGACGACAAUCACAUAGUACCCGGCCUAGAUGACGCGGCAGAAUUCCAAGCCACCGUAAAAAGCAUGAACAUCAUGGGCAUGACCAACGAAGACUUCUGCGCCAUCUUCCGAGUAGUAUCCGCAGUCAUGCUCUUCGGCAAGAUGCAAUUCAAACAAGACCGCAACUCCGACCAAGCCACACUACCCGACAACACGGUGGCUCAGAAAAUAGCCCAUUUACUCGGUCUAUCCGUGACCGACAUGACGCGUGCCUUUUUGAAACCUCGCAUUAAGGUUGGUCGAGAUUUCGUCACUAAGAGUCAAACGAAAGAACAGGUAGAGUUUGCGGUUGAAGCCGUUUCCAAGGCUUGUUACGAGCGAAUGUUCAAAUGGCUGGUUACAAGAAUCAACAGGUCUCUGGGAAGGACCAAGAGACAAGGUACCAGUUUCAUCGGCAUUCUUGAUAUUGCCGGUUUUGAGAUAUUCGAUCUCAACUCCUUUGAGCAGCUGUGCAUCAACUACACGAACGAGAAACUUCAGCAGCUCUUCAAUCACACUAUGUUCAUCCUGGAACAAGAGGAAUACCAGAGAGAAGGAAUUGAAUGGAAAUUUAUUGAUUUCGGUCUCGAUUUACAGCCCACGAUUGAUUUAAUCGACAAACCCAUGGGCAUUAUGGCCCUACUCGACGAGGAGUGUCUCUUCCCGAAAGCUACAGAUAAAACUUUCGUGGAAAAACUAGUCAGCGCCCACUCCGUUCAUCCUAAGUUCAAAAAGAGCGACUUUAGAGGGGUGGCCGAUUUCUCCAUCAUCCAUUACGCCGGUAAAGUAGAUUACUGCGCCAACCAAUGGCUGAUGAAGAACAUGGAUCCCCAGAACGAGAACGUCGUGUCUUUGCUUCAAGCGUCACAAGAUCCGUUUAUCGUUCACAUCUGGAAAGACGCCGAAACUAUUGGUAGAGCUAAGGGAAUGUUCAGAACAGUUUCAUAUUUAUAUAAGGAACAAUUAGGAAACUUGAUGGUAACAUUAAGAAACACCAACCCUAACUUUGUACGUUGUAUUAUUCCUAACCACGAAAAACGUGCUGGUAAAAUCGAUGCUCCGUUGGUACUGGAUCAGUUGAGAUGUAAUGGUGUCUUGGAGGGUAUUCGUAUUUGCAGACAAGGUUUCCCCAACAGGAUUCCCUUCCAAGAAUUCAGACAACGCUACGAACUGCUCACUCCCAACGUUAUCAACAAAGGUUUUAUGGAUGGUAAGAAGGCUUGUGAAACUAUGAUCAAGAGUUUGGAGUUAGAUCAAAACUUGUACCGUAUUGGACAGUCCAAGAUAUUCUUCAGAGCUGGUGUACUAGCUCAUUUGGAAGAAGAAAGAGAUUACAAAAUCACCGACCUCAUCGUCAACUUCCAAGCUUUCUGCAGAGGGUUCCUUUCUCGCCGAAAUUACCAAAAGAGGGUCCAGCAACUCAACGCCAUCAGAAUUAUUCAAAGGAAUUGCUCAGCUUACUUGAAGCUCCGCAACUGGCAAUGGUGGAGGCUUUAUACUAAAGUCAAACCAUUACUGGAGGUUACCAAGCAAGAAGAAAAACUAAUGCAAAAAGAAGACGAGCUCAAACAAGUUAAAGACAAAUUGGAACAUCAUAUUAAGACCGCUCAAGAAUACGAAACCAAAUAUCAAAAAGCUCAAGAGGAAAAGGCUGUUUUACAAGAGCAACUUCAAGCUGAAGUGGAACUAUGUGCAGAGGCUGAAGAAAUGAGAGCAAGACUGACUGCACGCAAACAAGAGUUGGAAGAAAUUUUGCACGAUUUAGAAGCUAGAAUCGAGGAAGAGGAAGAACGAGGCAAUAACUUGACCGUGGAAAAGAAGAAACUCCAAACAACUAUAUCCGAUCUGGAAGAACAGUUAGAGGAGGAAGAAGCCGCCAGACAGAAACUGCAAUUAGAAAAAGUUCAGUGCGAUGCUAAAAUCAAAAAACUCGAAGAAGACCUUGCGCUUUCAGAUGACACUAAUCAAAAACUUAUUAAAGAGAAGAAAAUCUUAGAAGAACGCAGUAACGACUUAAGCCAAGCUUUAGCAGAGGAAGAAGAAAAAGCCAAGCAUUUAUCUAAGUUAAAAACCAAACACGAAGCUACUAUUGCUGAGUUAGAAGAACGUCUCCUGAAAGAUCACCAACAAAGACAAGAAACCGACAGAAAUAAGCGAAAGGUUGAGACAGAAGUAAACGACUUAAAAGAACAACUUCAAGAGAAACGCACCCAAAUCGAAGAGCUCCAACUCCAGCUAGGUAAAAGAGAGGAAGAACUCGCUCAAGCCAUGGUCAAAGUGGACGAAGAGAGCGCUCAGAAGGCUCAAUCUCAAAAAGCAUUGCGCGAACUCGAAAGUCAACUUACCGAACUCCAAGAAGAUUUGGAAGCCGAAAAAGCCGCCAGAACUAAAGCGGAAAAGAUGAAGCGAGACUUAAACGAAGAACUCGAGGCUUUGAAGAACGAACUUUUAGAUUCAUUAGAUACCACCGCUGCUCAGCAAGAACUUAGAUCGAAAAGGGAACAGGAAUUGGCUACGUUGAAGAAAAGCUUAGAAGAUGAGACGGCUAUGCAUGAAGCCGGUCAAGCCGAUAUGAGACACAAGCAUUCCCAGGAGUUGGCAGCUCUCGGAGAACAAAUGGAGAACUUUAAGAAACAGAAAGCCGCUUUGGAGAAGGCUAAACAAACUUUGGAGGCUGAAAAUGCUGAUUUGACCAGCGAGCUUAGAAAUGUUGGCGCUAGUAGACAAGAAGGCGAACGUAGACGCAAGCAAGCUGAAAGUCAGUUAGCAGAAAUAACUGCAAAAUUAACCGAAGUUGACAGGUCGCGCGUUGAGCUGCAAGAAAAAACCAUCAAACUGCAACAAGAAGUCGAAAAUGUUAUGGCACAAUUAGAACAAGCCGAACUAAAAGCAUCAGCUGCAGUUAAAAGCCAGGCCACACUAGAAUCGCAAUUUACCGAAGCACAAACGGCUUUAGAGGAGGAAACCAGGCAGAAAUUGGCGCUGAGUUCUAAAUUAAGACAGUUGGAGUCAGACAAGGAAGCAUUACAAGAACAAAUAGAAGAGGAAGAGGAGGCUAAGAAGAAUCUAGAGAAACAAUUGGCUUCGUUGACAGUUCUCUUAGCUGAGGCCAAAAAGAAGGCUGAGGAUGAAGCCGAACAGUCGGCUAUCUUGGAGGAGAGCAAAAAGAAAUUGGCCAAAGAUUUAGAAGCUCUUCAAAGGCAAGUAGACGAAUUGACAGCGGCCAACGACAAACUAGAACGAAGUAAAAAGAAAAUAGCCGCCGAACUCGAGGACGCCAACAUCGAUCUGGAAACUCAAAGACAGAAAGUGAGCGAACUCGAAAAGAAACAGAAGAAUUUCGAUAAAAUCCUAGCCGAAGAAAAAGCAGUCAGCGAACAGCUCGCCGUUGAAAAAGACGCUGUCGAGAAAGAAGCCAGGGACAAAGAAACUCUAGUUCUAUCCCUCAAACGAGAACUAGACGAUUCCAACGUGAAAAUCGACGAAUUGGAACGAGUAAGGAGACAGUUACAGGCCGAACUCGACGAACUGGUCAACAACCAAGGCACGGCCGAUAAAAACGUGCACGAACUGGAAAAGGCCAAGAGAAACCUUGAGACCCAGCUGGCUGAGGUCAAAGCCCAGAACGAGGAACUUGAGGAUGAGCUCCAGCUGACCGAGGACGCCAAGUUGCGUUUGGAGGUCAAUAUGCAAGCAUUGAGGGCGCAGUUCGAACGGGAUAUUCAGGCCAAGGAGGAACAGGCUGAGGAGAAGCGAAGAGGUAUUGUUAAGCAGCUUCGGGAUUUGGAGGCGGAGUUGGACGAGGAGAGGAAGCAGAGAGCGGCUGCUGUGAAUGCUAGGAAGAAGCUUGAAGGCGAUAUUAAAGAAUUGGAAAGUCAGAUCGAGCUUCAGUGCAAAGUAAAGGAAGAUGCCUUGAAACAACUGAAGAAAUCGCAACAGCAGUGCAAAGAAGCCAUCAGAGACGCCGAAGAAGCUAGGGCGGCCAGGGACGAACUAGCCGCUAGCAGCAAAGAAGCGGAGAGGAAAGUCAAAGCGUUGGAAGCGGAAGUUUUGCAACUGACCGAAGAUUUGUCCAGUUCGGAAAGAGCCAGGAGAGCGGCAGAAACUGAAAGGGAUGAACUGUUGGAAGAAAUUAAUUCGAGUAACGGUAAAAGUACUCUUUUGAUCGACGAGAAACGUCGAUUAGAAGCCAGAAUAGCCACGUUAGAAGAAGAAAUCGAGGAAGAACAAAGCACAAACGAAAUGUUACAAGACCGCGUCAGAAAGGCUCAACUUUCAAUUGAUCAACUUACCACCGACCUUUCGAGCGAAAGAUCAGCCAGUCAGAAGAUCGAAUCGAAUCGGAUGCAAUUAGAAAGGCAGAACAAGGAAUUGAAAGCGAAAUUAACCGAAUUAGAGACCGCACAGAGAACGAAAACGAAAGCAACCAUCGCUGCCUUGGAAAGCAAAAUCAGCAAUUUGGAAGAACAGCUUGACGUGGAAGCUAAGGAACGCCUUACCCAACAGAAAACGAAUAGAAAGUUGGAUAAGCGGAUCAAGGAACUUGUUAUGCAACUAGAAGACGAAAGACGUCACGCUGAUCAAUAUAAAGAACAAGUCGAAAAAGCAAACUCUAGGGUGAAAGCUCUCAAGAGACAGCUCGACGAAGCUGAAGAGGAAGUGACAAGAGAGAAGGCUCAAAAGCGUAAGGCGCAGAGAGAGUGCGAAGACAUGAUCGAAUCGCAAGAGAGUAUGACGAGGGAGCUCAAUAACCUAAAGAGCAAAAUAAGAAGGGGCACCGGCAUGGGCCUGUCCUCGGCCAGGCUGAGCUCGGCGAAGCGCGGCUCCAUCCAGACGAGCGGCAACGGUUCCGGCGACGACUCGACCACGCAGGACGAAGCGAUGGACGGCGACGAGGGACCCAACUAAAAAGUAUUUCGCAACACCGCCGCUAAGUCGCGCUUAUCGACGCUUUCCAAAAACCAUAAAACUACUCUAUUUUAGUUUAUAAACGUUUUUAUUUGUUAAAGCUGCAUUGUGAGAUCUAACCACUUUUUAUUUCUUUUAUUUUUUUUUGUCAUGGAAUAAAUUCAUUAGGGUGCCCGGUGGCGAAGAGGUACAGCUCUCGUCUACCAAUACAAAGGUUGUGGGUUCGAAUCCCACAGCCGGCACUUCAUCAGCCGACUAUUUUUAAUAAAAUAAAAAUAGUUUGGGUACCUAGGUCGACUCAGCCUUAAUGAACUUUAAAUGAGUACUUGGGAUUUACAAUCCUGAGGUAAUAAUAGGCGGUUGAACCGUAGUUCUAGCCACAUUACCUUCCUUGUAUACCGAACGGCUCUAGCGCCUACUCCCAAGGCGUUAAACGCUAUAUACGGGAGCUAUUAUUAUAAUAAAUUCAUUAACGGUUGAUUCAUACUUCAGAGUGUUAGUCUUAACCUUACCCUUAAUAAUCCUAAGAAAUUAACCUUGAAAUUUUUAAAAAUGCCCUUCAUUUAGUCAGUCCUAUUAGUCAAGGAAAAUUUCGACAGAAGAUAUUCAAAAAAUAGCAGAAAAUUAAAAUGAGAGAUACAAAUGCAGAAUAUACUUCCUGCUUGACUUAAGAAUAUUCUAGUAUGCGCUUGCUCUCAUAUAAAACAUGGGUUAAUGUUAAGGUCGAAGCAUUCUUUUUACUACUUUAUUAUCCAAUUUUUUUAAAAAAAUAACUAUAGUAUAUCAAAAUUAUUAAGAUAUUUAUUGAGUUUUGUACUAAGUAACCAACACUGCCUUCUUAAAACAGAUUCAGCUUUUUUGUCUUCCAAAAAAAAAUAGUGUUUUUAUAAUACGAAGUUGAGAUCUCACAGUGUCGCUGUUUAAAAGGCAUUUUUUAUUAAAACUAACCCUAAUAUAAUGUUGCUUUGUCUAUGUAUAUAUAUUAUUUAGUACUUAGUAAACUUUCUAUAUUUCUACAGGGAAUUAUUUAUUCUGGUGACAAAUGCUAUUAUUUGUAAAAAAAUAAUAUAUUUAUUUUGAAAGAUUUCUUUUUGGAGAAUGAUAAGAGUUAAGUUUAAAACUAUACUACCCUUGCUGUAAUACUGCACUUAUUUUGAUGUUAAAUCGUACUCUACAUAGAUUUUUUUAAUUAAUUUAUGAGUCUUUUUUAUUUUUAUAAUUAUUAGUCAUUAUAUUUCCGUCUUUUUUUAAGGUGUCUAAUUCUUUAAGACUGUAAUUGAUGUCUAUUAUUGUUCAACAAUGAUCAAUUUAGGAAAAAAAACUAAAUAAAUUCGAAUUAACGAAACUUUAGGUCUUUCUAGAAGGCAUUUUGAUAUUUCUGUUCUUUUUUAUCAAAUAAUUGAAAUCAUAUUUCGAUAUCUGCUAACAAUAAUUAGAUAUAGUAAUUAUAAAGGAGGUAAAACAUUUUGAUACAUUAUAUUUUGUAGAAUAUAUUUUUUGUAAAAAAAGUACGUUAGGCUACCAGUCAGUAAUCAGUUUUUGAUAUAUGCAUGUUUUUGUAUAUUGAAAGAAAAACUUACCGCAUUUUGUAUAUAAAUUUCUUACACGGGGUUCAGGGCUCAUAUAAAUACAAUACGAUUAAUAAAUUUAAUAAAAUCUA